GUAGAAAAACGUUCAGUAUCUUCUGAAUCAUCAGCAUCAUCAUCAUCGAAGAAGAAGAAAGCAAAGCUAGAACAUGGAGGAUCAUCAGGCUCUAAACAAAAUUCUGAGGGUAUUUAUUAAAGCUGGGGACAAUGAAACAAAGAAGGCCUGGGAAAAUGAGCCUAGAUCACAGCAAUGGAUCAUUUAACUUGAAAGCUCUAUCAGGAAGCUCUGGAUAUAAGUUUGGCGUUCUUGCUAAGAUUGUGAAUUAUAUGAAGACACGUCAUCAGCGAGGAGAUACACAUCCUCUAACUUUAGAAGAAAUUUUGGAUGAAACACAACAUUUAGAUAUUGGACUCAAGCAGAAACAGUGGCUAAUGACUGAGGCAUUAGUCAAUAAUCCCAAAAUUGAAGUAAUAGAUGGGAAAUAUGCCUUCAAGCCCAAGUACAACUUAAAAGAUAAGAAGGCCCUGCUUAGGCUCUUAGAUAAGCAUGACCAGCGAGGCUUAGGAGGAAUUCUUUUAGAAGACAUAGAGGAAGGACUGCCCAAUUCCCAGAAAGCUGUCAAGGCUUUAGGUGACCAGAUAUUAUUUGUAAAUCGUCCUGAUAAAAAGAAAAUUCUUUUCUUCAAUGAUAAGAGCUGUCAAUUUUCUGUAGACGAAGAGUUUCAGAAACUGUGGAGGAGUGUUGCUGUGGAUUCAAUGGAUGAGGAGAAAAUUGAAGAAUAUCUGAAGCGACAGGGUAUUUCUUCCAUGCAGGAAUCUGGACCAAAGAAAGUGGCCCCUAUUCAGAGAAGGAAAAAGCCUGCUUCACAGAAAAAGCGACGGUUUAAGACUCAUAAUGAACACAUGGCUGGAGUGCUGAAGGACUACUCUGACAUUGCUCCUGGCAAAUAGUGAACAGUUUUGUAGGUGAGCAAAGAGUUACAAAUACAAAGUCAAGAUCUUUCUUGUUAAUACUGGGAUCUGAAGACUGUCUUCCCAUUCUACUUCUGAGGACUGAGGAGAGGAGGAGUUAGUUCCGUUUACAGAACAAAUGCAAAUUACCAAACUCAAAGCUUAUUUUAAUUGAAUAGGCUAAUGAGAAAUGUGAUGUUUCCUGUUAACUUCUGUUACUUCUUUGGAGAAAGACACUUAGCAUGGCACACAGGUGUCUUUGCUAUUUAUCUCUACUUCAGAGUGGUUCCUGGUUCCAUUUUUCCUUUUAUUCCUUUGGAACAAGUUUUCAGAUAGCUUGAAUGCAAUAUUUGUUUAUUCCAAAAUAACAUAUUUAUAAUAAAAUCAUUGCAGAAGGAGCUCUAAGAUGUUAGUGAAUUCAGUUUUUUUCUUUUCAUUCUUGGCAAUGGCAGUUGGCAGCUCCGGUCUUUAACUUCCACAGGGUGUGUGUUUGGGACGUCGUUGGAGACUGUGAUCUGUGCUGCGUUGCUGAGCAUAUAGAUUUCAUAGUUGGAACACAAAGUGUGCCUUUUGUUAGCAAGUGAAGCAGUAAAGGUACACUACAUGUGAUUUUUAAUGUUUUUUUUUUUAAAGCAUAAAUCAGAAUUUAGCCUUUUGGAUUUUGCAAGUCAUUGUCUCGUGCCAUCAGGGAUGGAUAGAGUUUUGCCAACCUGAAUAUCAGCUUUACAUCUUGACCUUGAGGUUCUUUUGGUGAAGAGUUUGUUUAUGUCUUCAUCACUGGCCAAGCUCAUAAGAACCAUUAUCAAAUACAUGGGUUCUUAAGAGUCGUGAUACCUUACAGGAAAUCUUUGUGGUCAUUCCAGCCUUCUGUGGCAAACUACCCAUUUUCUUUAUCUGUACUUGUGAUAUGUGGUGGUUCCCUGGGUUGAUUGUUACAGUUCUCAUAUCACAAAUAAAAAUUUUAAUGGAUUAUCAAAAGAAGGUGUGGUGUUCUCAAAAAGGGUGUCAUGGUAACCUAAAGUAGUAAGUACUUUGUGCAGAUGAUGAGGAGUUCUUUUUGCAGCUUUAGUUCUUUUUAU